UUCCUCUUACAUUUAUUCACACAUCUACUUGUUCUUCAGGCUGAUUUCGGCUAUAAUUCUCAAUUCGCAGCAUUCCUCAAACAGGACUUUCAAGAUGCAGAUCUUCACUUCUCUUUUCCCCCUCUUCCUCUCUUCAACCCUCGUAUUCUCCACCCCGAUUGCCAAACGCGUCGACAACACCGCCAAAGUCCUAGGUGACUUCAGCAUCAUCACGCGCAACGUCCAACAUCUCUCUGGGAACCUCGCAUCCUUCGUCAAAUCCCCCUCGAUCGGAAUCAAGACCUUCUCUUCACAUUUCUCAGAUCUAAAUGAUCAUCUCGCCGUCACCACGAGUGAUACCGUUGCCGUCGGGUCGUUCAACACCAUGGAUUCGCAGUCGGUGGCUAAUGCGGCUGCAACUUUUGCACAGGAUGCUCUGACAUUCCUUAUCGCGCUCAUAAGCGAUGAGAAUGCCAUAGCCGCUGCGGGGCAGAAGUCGCUGGUUUUGGGGUAUUUGAAUACGGGAAAUGUGGCAACGCUCAAUUUGUUCACCGCGCUUGAGAAUUCAGUCAACGAGAACGAGCUUGAUACUUUGUCGGUUGCGCAGGAAGAACUGCAGGCUGCGUUUACAAAUUCAAUUAGUGCUUAUUCGUAGAUUUCGACGGAUAUUCGCCGCGUGGGAAGGUCACAAGUAAUGAUUUUGAUACGGGGGGGGCUGAGUGUUAAGUAACGUUUAUUCGACAUUUCGAAACCACAAAUUUAGGAAUCCGAUAUGGCGA